CUCCAUAAAACCGCUCUUCGAUUUCGUCUUCCAUUUCACACACACGGUCACACACUCUAACUUUAUCUCUCUACAAUUCACACUUUCUCUCUCUAAAAUUCCCCAACUCACCAAUGGCUUCACCGCGUGAAGAGAAUGUCUACAAGGCAAAGCUGGCCGAGCAGGCUGAGCGAUACGAAGAGAUGGUAGAAUUCAUGGAAAAAGUCGUCUCCGCGGCUGAGGGCGGCGAGGAAUUGACGGUGGAGGAGCGCAACCUUCUCUCCGUCGCCUACAAGAACGUGAUCGGCGCUAGGAGAGCCUCCUGGAGGAUCAUUUCGUCGAUCGAGCAGAAAGAGGAGAGCCGUGGCAACGAAGGACACGUGGCCGCUAUUAAAAGUUACAGAUCUAAAAUUGAGUCUGAGCUUUCGUCGAUCUGCGACGGCAUUCUGAAGCUGCUCGACUCCAAACUUAUCGGCUCCGCUGCCACUGGAGAUUCUAAGGUGUUUUAUUUGAAGAUGAAGGGCGAUUAUCAUCGCUACUUAGCUGAAUUUAAAACUGGAGCCGAGAGAAAGGAAGCCGCCGAGAACACUCUCUCGGCUUACAAGGCGGCUCAGGAUAUUGCAAACGCAGAGCUUGCUCCCACGCAUCCUAUCCGACUCGGACUGGCCCUCAAUUUCUCAGUGUUUUAUUAUGAGAUUCUGAAUUCUCCUGACAGAGCUUGUAAUCUUGCCAAGCAGGCUUUUGAUGAAGCAAUAGCGGAGUUGGACACACUAGGGGAGGAGUCUUACAAAGAUAGCACUUUAAUAAUGCAGCUUUUGCGUGAUAACCUUACUUUGUGGACUUCAGACAUGCAGGAUGAUGGCACUGAAGAAAUCAAGGAAGCUUCAAAGCCAGAUAAUGAGUAGAAAGCUGUCAAGUAUUAGGAUUGAUUUCAAUUUAUGCUUAAUUGUAAUGUGCUACCAAAUUCAAAAAGGGAGCGGAUUGAAGCUAAUAUUGAGCUCUCAUUAGUUUUAGGGCUUUGUUAUUUCAUAUUGUUAAGGCACUGCUCUUGCUUUUUUAUGCUGUUUUCAGCUUCAGAGAUUGAUGCUUUUCUGGGCUUUAUUUUAGAUAGUCUUGAUGCUUUCCUUUUACUUAAAGGAUUUAAUGCAUUUUGCUGCUUGUGGUCUUUAA